UGUUCUUCGCUCGGGUCGUGUGUAGUAAAAUGGCCGCUCAAGCAAAGUGAGUGUGACGUUUCGUGAGGUGAUUGUAUCGUUAUUUCAUGUGGUUUCUACGAAUAUUCGUUCAUGUGACAUCGUGUUAUUGUGCUUCCUGUGUUAAUCCGCAGGUCCGCCAAGAAAAUCCAACUAUUCGAUAAGAGGGGCAUGUGUCUUAAGGAUGGACAAUCAGUUUGAAGUAUAGGUUCGCAGAAAAGCCACUGCUAGAGUUGCAAUGCCAACGUACCACAAUGCGGGUGGCGGAUACCCGAAUGUGUCAGCGGCAGCGCGGCAAGCGAAGCUCGAUGGCAAUCAAAAUCACCAUACGAUCCCCUCAAACGUAACGUCUCAUCCCCUUAUACAAAAUAGCACGCAACACAACGUUCCUUCCAACUUGUCUGCAAGCAACAUUCCGUCCCAUCCAGUAUCACCGACAAUGACUACGCAUUCGAACGUCACCUCUCCUAAUAUUACCAGUCACAUGAACACCGGAUCACCACCGGUAAUCCUCACCUCGACGAACCUCGCCAACCCUAGCAAUCCCGCUGCGUUAUCAGGGAAUCCGAGGCACGAGGUCAAACUCAACGCUAUGCCAUGGUUCCAUGGGAAAAUAUCGAGGGAAACUGCUGAGAGAUUGUUGCGACCGAGAGAAGACGGUCUGUUCCUAGUCCGGGAGUCGACCAAUUUCCCUGGCGACUAUACCUUGUGCGUGUGCUAUCAGGGUCGCGUACAGCAUUAUCGUGUAAAAUACAAGAACAAUCAGCUGACGAUCGAUGACGAAGAGUUCUUCGAGAACUUGGCCUUGUUGGUCGAACAUUACGAACAAGACGCGGACGGAUUGUGUACGCAGUUGACCAAGUCGUUGCCGAAACAGGGUAAACAAGACUUUUGUGUGGAUCCAAAGGCGUUCGUGGAGGCUGGUUGGGUGAUCCAAACUCACGAGUUAGAAUUAAGAGAGUGUAUCGGUAAAGGAGAAUUCGGAGAUGUGCUGUUAGGGGUCUAUCGAGGCGAGAGAGUUGCCGUGAAGAUGUUGAAAGACAACAGCGAGGCAGCGCAGAGGUUUCUUGCCGAGGCUAGUCUAAUGACAUCAUUGAUUCACGACAAUCUGGUUAAACUGCUCGGUCUUGUUUUCAAUAAUCAACACAUGUACCUGGUUACCGAGUAUAUGAGCAAAGGAUCCCUGGUGGAUUACCUGAGAUCACGUGGGAGAUUGCACGUUUCCAAAAAGGAUCAGAUCAACUUUGCGUACGACACAUGCGCAGGCAUGGCGUAUUUGGAAUCCAGACACGUAGUGCACCGGGAUUUGGCCGCGAGAAACGUCCUCGUCGCGGAGGAUAACUCGGCGAAGGUGUCGGACUUCGGUUUGGCGAGGGACGAAAACUUUUCUCUUGAAGGUGGAAAAUUGCCCAUCAAGUGGACUGCACCAGAAGCUUUAAAGCAAAAUAAGUUUUCAAAUAAGUCUGAUAUGUGGAGUUUUGGGAUACUCUUAUGGGAGAUCUACUCGUUCGGGCGCGUACCAUAUCCACGAAUUCCAUUAGCCGAUGUUGUAAAGUGCGUGGAGAAAGGAUAUAAAAUGGAGCCACCCGAUGGUUGUCCACACGAGGUUUACGAUAUCAUGAGACAAGCAUGGGACUUACAACCUGAAAAACGACCUACCUUUUACGAUAUAAAAAUAGUGCUGGGCCAACUGAAAGCCGAGUACACCAAAGGUGUGAAUUAAAGAGAAAAGAACUGUUACUUAUUGCUCGUAGACUCGAUGUAGAAAAGACAAACAGGUGGAAUUAGCCUUUUCGAUACUUCUUUUGUUUUCAAGGGCUAAGGUGAUAGCUCUGACAACUUUUUCUAGAAAAUUUAAUUUUCUAUUGUACAUUUUUAUUGUACAAAAGUAGUAUCUGUGUUGAUUGUAUUUAUUGUUACUUUGAUACCUUUUGUUUCUUUUUUUUUUUAACAAAGUGUUUUUAAUUUGCCUUUUUUUUGUAUGAAAAUAUAUUGCACAUAAUUCAAUAUACGUCAGUCGUGCCUUUGGCCAAGUUGAAGUUCUUAAGUGAAAAAAAAAAAGAACAUAAGUUCAACUUGUACAUCCGAAAUUCAGGUAGAACUUGAGAAAGAAUUUAGAAGGUUUGUUUAUUACUUAAUUUCUAUUUUUUUUUUUUUUCGUUUUCGUCGUUUUACGGCUCAAGAAAUAUUUCCAGGUGUAAGAAGCGCCUUACAUUGAACUGAAUUUAAAGAUGAGAAAUAAUUACUUGCUAUGAAAUACCUACUAUAAGGUAAUCUUUUGGACGUAAACUUGUAUUAAGGUUGAAUAUCAGGAUUUUUUCACUUAUAUGUAACAGUAGAGCAAACAAAACGAAACAAGAUGAAACUAGAUUUUUACAGUCAGUAGUUUGAAAAGUUUUUGUAUCGUUCAAGCGGGGGUUUGCAGUGAUCGUAGAUUACAAGUACUUGUUAGUCAUAUAAGUUUUUUUUUUUAAUCAAAGAUUUGUCGUAGGAAGUAUUUUUUAAUUAAAUUAUUGCAACAAUUAUACACGAUUAUUUAAGUUGUCCCGCGAGAUGUUUGACUAUAUAUAUAUAUAUAUAUACAUAAAUAUAUAUUAGCGAUGUAAAUGUAUUUGUAAAUACUUUGUACAUAUCCGUCUAUCAGAGAGAAAUGAAGAAAAAGAACAGUUAAAAUAUUUCGAAUACAGUUGAUGAUAUUGUUUUAGAAGAGUUAACAAGGAUUGUCCAUACCUUUUGUUACUAGCUCGUUAAGAUCGUUUAUUUACGCAGCUAUCGAACUGUCUCUAUUCAAUUGCAACGUGUCACGCAAUUAUAUAGAACGAUUGGAUAUUAUAUAUUUAAAAAUAAUUAAAUGAUAGACCUUUCGUGUUAUCGUAUCUUUCUUCUGUAAUAUAUAUAUAGAGGCCACCACUUAUUUAAUAAUUUUACAACGGUUAUAACGGACUAACGAUAUUUAUUCGUAGGUAGAAAGUUUCAGUGGAGAAUAGAAGAGUAAUGCUUAAAAAGCAAUGUUUUACUAAACAAAUACUAUGAACGAUUAUAGAUUUUAAUAAAUAUGAAGUUUUCUAUGUCGUAUCGCCAUCGAAGAUGACUCAGCACCUUUACUUUUAAUCAAGAUUGUUAUUACAUACAUAUAUACAAGAAUUUAUCGGAAAAGUCAAAGCCAAUGUACUCAGUUCCUCGCAUCCUUUGAUUACUUGCAAUAGUAUCAAAAAGAAGAACACGAUCAAGUCCUUUUUUUAUUUUUUUUAAAUUAUGAUAGUUUCAACCCUGUUAGGUCUUCUUCGCGAAUGCUUGUCUCUAGUUUCAAAGUAGUAGUUAGCCGUCUAAGUAUGUAGCGUAUUUAUAUAAGUAUACAGUCCGUUUAUAACUUCGAUAGUAUGUAACAUAACGUGUAUAUGGCUCUAAUCAGUACCUAACACUUUUCUUCGACGUCUUCUACCCGUGUUUCGCGCUACGAGGUAUAUAAAGAAAAGAAAACCCGACCUUCCCGGAUACAUUUUGUAUUUUUAAGCGUCGAUGCCCUCUGCUUGCUUGAUAUUUAUCACGUUUCUGCAUUAAACACCGGAAACCCUCCUACACAUUUUGUUCUACCUUUAGGCAGCAUCGUAUUCGUGUGGUGUGACAAUGUUAUCUCCUGUUUAAUCCAAUAUUCUACGCGAGACUUUGUUACGUCUCGUUGAAUUCGUUUAUUUUUUACUUACUAUUAAAUAGAUUUGUUAGCACGUAAGAAAUUUAAUAUAUAAACGUAUCGAAUAACAAAUUACACGGUGACCGUAAAUCGAAUUAAUUCUGAUUAUAGUUUGUUCCCGAUCUGUAAUUUAUUAUUUUCUGUUACAUUAAUUAUCUAAAGACUUUUCAAAGGCCAUGCGCGAUUUGAGAUUUUGUGAUUCUAAAUAAAUAAAUAAAACAUAGCGUAGAUCGGAAUUUAAAUGGAAAUUCUCACCGAUCUUGGACAAACUAUAAUUUGUAGUGUACGAGUGUCUGAAUUCAAGAUGUCUGAAGGAUCGAAUGCCUUUGCGUCGAUAUACGAAUGAGUGUGAUGGUGGCACGUGAGGUGAAUAAUAAAUUAAGGAUCUUCAUUUUGGCCUCCGAAAAACCGAACUGUACGUUUCCGAGAGUGUUCAAACGUUCGAUCUACGCGGUCGCGUUGUUACUAAUUACACUACGAUUCUAAAGAUUCUCAGUAGGCAGCUAAUAUAAAGCGAUAACUGUGGUCCAUUGACCGAAGAUGAUUUACAAUUAACGAUUAAUAAAAAGCAGAAGAAAAGAUACACCGCAUUUGCUCAACAGCUGUAAUCACUUUCAGCUACGAGACAAAUGUAUACUCGUCUAUUGGCAAUGUUUCCAAAAAAUUUAUUAAUACGUCUCUACCCCUAGACACAUUGAAUUUCCGUUUCCGUUUCCGUUUACUAUUGGAUCUUCCAAUGACACUCAGCGAUUGAAAAGAAUUUAUGUUAUUAUUAUUUGUACACAUAAAGUGGAAUUAAUUUUGAAGAGGAUUUCAUUUCGCACAAAAAAGAAACACGAACCUUGUACAAGAUUAGACUUUGUUUUGAUGUCGUUACUUUUUAAUCUCCAAUGUUAUACUUUACUGCCAAACGCUAAUAAAAUCGUGAUAUUCGUUCUUCAA